AUGAGCAGCACCGCGCUCACCAUCCUGCACGGUGGCCACCGCAAGGUCACGCGUAUCGGGGCCAAUGACAGCAUGAGCACCGUCGUGCAGAUGGCCUGCAGAGAGUUCGGACUGGACACCGGGAGUCCCAACUGGGUUCUCAAGCACAAGCGGGUGGUGGUGGACCUGAGCCAGCCGUUCCGCUUCACCGGCAUCCCCCAAAACGCUACCCUAGAGCUUACGGAAGAAGCCCCGGUGAGGCGAAAAGCGGCGGGCUCCACGUCUGCUGGGGGUCAGGUGAGGGUUGCGAUGCGACUACCCGGGGGGGGGCGGGUCCAGGCGCCAUUUUCGGCGGACACUUCCCUGCUGGGCCUCCUGCAGUGGUGGGCCGGCCGAGGAGAGCUAGACGCAGGCGUCCUCCAACAGGGGCCCUCGCUGCAGUUCAUGCGCACGGCGUACGGCGCCGGAGACCUUGACGCGACCACCCUCCGCUCUAUCGGGCUAGUCAGAGGAUCUGCGAUGUUCACCCUCAGCCUGUCUUCUCCAGGCGCCGCCGGCGCUGCAGCAGUACCGCUAUCAUCAUCAUCAUCCAGCGCGGCUGCGUUGCCACCGCCCCCCGGCGCUGGUGCUGAUGCUGGUUCAAAGGCGAGCGCUCGGGCCAACCUUUGCCUUUGUUUUUUCCUCGCCCUGCUGUCAGUCAACUCAUUCCCUAGUUUGCUGUGA